GAGGCGACAGACGCAUGCGCCGGGAGGUCAGAGGGACGCGGGCGGCAUACAGUCUCCACGCUCCUUGUUAAUGAAUCGUCGGUACCCGUGCCUCGCGCUGCGUCCAAACAUUUGCGCGGCAUAAAAAGUUACUACCGUCUCUCUCGCGCCCUCUCACGAGCAACCGCGGGUGCCGUGGUCGCUGUCAAUGUGAGAUGUGACGGGAACAAAGGACACCAUUAUAACAUGACAAUAAGAAAAUAAAACAUAGAAUAGCGAAGAAAAAUAUUUGCUAUGUCUGUAGAAGCGAAGACAAUAAAAUUUUAAUUUCCCGAAGAGUAUAAUGGUAUUAUAACGGGCGAAAUGUGAGAUAGAGCCGGUUGAAAAUCAAAUGUCUGUUGACAUUAUGGCUGCGGAGGUACUGAGGCGUUCGCGAGCCGUUACCAUGGAAACCGGAGGGCUCCCGCUAGUUUCUACAUUUGCUCUCCUUACUAUUGUGGCUGGUCAGCUGCAGGGUCCCGGGUACGGCGAGCAGGAGCCGGAGUUUCUCGCUCCUCUUGAGAAUAUUACCGUUGCAUUGGGCAGAGAUGUGCACUUCACGUGUACUGUCAAUCAUCUUGGCGGGUAUAAGGUGGCAUGGAUAAAAUCGGACACCAAAACAAUUCUGGCGAUACACACACACAUGGUGAACAUAAAUCCAAGGCUAUCGGUCACACACAACGGUCACAAUACUUGGAAACUGUAUAUCAGCAGCGUAGAGCCCAAAGAUUCCGGAACCUACAUGUGCCAGAUUAACACUGAUCCUAUGAAGAGUCAGAUGGGUCAUCUAUCAGUGGUGAUACCGCCAGAUAUCGCCGACAGCGACGGGUCAGAAGCCAGCGCUCCCGAGGGUGGUUCGAUAGAACUGAGGUGCACGGCCAACGGAGUGCCAGAGCCCACUGUAUCUUGGAAGCGUCAAGGAGGACGCAACAUAGUGUUCCGUGAUGAAAACGGCAACGAAGAAAAAGUGGUAGACAGUUACGUGGGUUCAACAUUGUCGCUAAAAGGCCUCAGACGAACGGAUAUGGGCAAUUAUUUGUGUAUAGCUGCGAACGGUGUGCCGCCCACCAAGAGUCGGAAAUAUGAGGUCACUGUGCUUUUCCCACCGAUAGUGCGUGUUGCAAGUCUUGUCGUGUGGCGAAUGGCGGACAUGCAAGUGACGCUGCAAUGCUACGUGGAGGCGUCGCCCAAGUCGCUGACAGUGUGGCAGAGGGGCAAAUCACACUCAGGUGCGAAGCUGUUGAAUAGUUCAAAAUAUGUGAUCGCCGAGGACAACUUAAAUAAAUACGCAGUCCGUAUGAAUUUAACUAUCAACUGGCUGAAAAAGAAUGACUUCGGCGAAUACACAUGUUCCGCUGCUAACGCGUACGGCAGGGCCAACGCUACUAUCACGUUGAAAGAAACGCCACAAAAGACAACAACAACAACAACAACCACCACGACAACAACAACGCCGCGCCCAACAACAACACUCCGCACGACAACGCGCCCGCCGAAGCGUCACCUCAAAAAACAACAGAACCAAAACGCCCUAGACAUGGAGAUCAAUCACAUCGGUGUUAACAACGCGCUAAACUUUUACAACAUUAAUACAUACGGUACACAAAACAACACGCCGACACACACACAAAUUCAUACGCAAAACGAAUAUAGCCAAAGAGUCGAACGACAGAAAGUUCGACCGUCUGGCCCUCCGCGACAUUACGUCGUCUACAACAGAGGCACGCCAACACAUAAACACACAAUUUUAAUAUUUAUACUCGUCAAAUUAAUAUUUAUAUAAAUGACACAUUAUUUGUGUUUAACGAUGGCUGUUGAAUUUUGAGCAUUGUUGUAAGUAUUAAAUAUGGUUGAAAGUUGUUAACUUACGGAUAUGUAGAUAUCAGCUUUAACGUAAGCUAGCGUAGUAUACAAUUAUCCGUUGUUUAUUUAGGAACCAUCUUGUUUGACCAAAACCUUAGAGGUUUUUCGAAAUUUUUACAUUAAAUACUGGAUUGUUUGGGAAUAAAUAUCAUGGGCGGCAUAUCAAGUGUAAAGGAAAAUAAUAGUUUAGAAUAACGAAUACUCUUCAUCUAUUAUACUUAUGAAGAAAAUACUUGAGCAUAUUUAAUACAAUGUUUAAAAAAAAACAAACUUAAUAAUGUACAGAAAUUUAAAAUUUGUCUUUCUAUAUCUACUUCAAUAAAGUUUAAAUCUAUAUUGUAUGCAACAAAUCUCAAUACAACCUAAAAACUAUUCUUCAGAAAGCAGUAGAUUUUUUUUUCAGUUCCACGUAACGUAUAUGAUAUCUUAUCGAAUAAAUUAUGAAAAUAUUGAAGUUAACAGUCAUCAGUCACAUCGAUCCUAUAUAUUAAAUAACCAUUUUUAUCAUGUAUUUAUGUUACAUUUAGAAAGUAGGCAUAUUUUGUAUAUGACAAUAUAUUAUGCAAAGACAAUAAUAGUGACCAAAAAUUAACUAUAUUUGUGUAACGUGUACUUUACACAUAUAUGAAUUGUAAAAGUACAAUAGUGUUAAGAAAAUAAAUAUUAUAAUAGUUUGAAUAAAAAUGUUAACUAACUCUUGUCGUUUUAGAGUUUAACGCAGGGCCUCGUAAAGGUGACAAUACUUAUCUUGAACAAUAAUUAAUUAUUGAUAAUUAGUAAAUAACCGAGUAAAUAACUUUGAUUAGGUUGUUAACGAAAUUAUCCUAAAAAUAGUAUAUAACUUUGUGAUUAUUAUUUUCUGGCCUAAGCAUAAAUAUAUCGUAUACCGCCGUUUAAAAUUAGCAUGAAACAUUACCUUACGAUAUUUUUUUGUACUAGAGUUAUAGCUUAUUUGGCAAUACAAAACAUACAAACAAAAAUUUUAUAUACAACUUUAUAUAAUUAACAAAGCAAAAUUAUAGAUUACAAUCGUAUUUGAAUAUGGUUAUAAAUAAUAAAUUUGUCUUCCGAAUAGAUGUAAAUUUAAUUCGGCUUUUACAUUUUUGAUAAGUUUUAAUUCAGCGUAGUUGUUUUGUUUAUAGGCUAUUUGAUGUAUGUGAGACACGGGAAAGAAUUUAUUUAAUUUCUAGAUAUUAGAAUAUGAUAGUGGGCCUUGUAAAAAAGACAAAUAAAAAGAGGCAGUAGAUAUUUCAAUUUCUUAAGGUUCUUAUCAUUUUGUAUACAUUAAAAAUAUGUAUUUACAUAUCAAUUAUUACGUUAUCUUUAUAAUGAUUACAGGUUUGUUUAAGAAUAGUUAAUAUGGUUUUCGAAUUGUACUGACUUAGAACAUUCAAUUUUAAAAAUAUUGUUACAAGCUGUUUUAAGGCAAUAUGUUUGAAAAAACAAUAAAAAUAGUAAUAAUUUUUUAAUAGUAUUUUCAGUGACAUUAUAAUACGUAACUUUUAAAUAAUAUUUUAUAUGCGUUUAUUUUACAACAUAUAAUCGAGAGCAAUUUAGUGGUAUAAAGUUUACAUAUUUUUCAUGUAAUUAUUUUAAUAAGUGACAAUAAUACUCGACGAUAAUAAUCUUUAGAAUAACUUUGUAUAUAUUGACAUCGUAAGCUCAUUUAUUAGCAUGACUGUAUUUUAUCAAUGUUACCAUUAAGAUGUUGAUAUCAUUUUAUCAUAUUUUAAAAUAAAAUAUAUUAUAAAAUC